CCCCCCGCCCGCGCCCGCGCCCCGCGCCCCGCGCCUCCGCCUCCAGGCCCCGCGCCCUGCGCCCCCGCGCGCCCGGCCCUCCGCCGCCGCCGGCCCGGACAUGGCCGCCAACAUGUACAGGGUCGGAGACUACGUCUAUUUCGAGAACUCCUCCAGCAACCCGUACCUGAUCCGCAGAAUCGAGGAGCUCAACAAGACGGCCAACGGAAACGUGGAGGCCAAGGUGGUGUGCUUCUACCGCAGGAGGGACAUCUCCAGCACCCUCAUCGCCCUGGCUGACAAGCACGCCACCCUGUCAGUCUGCUAUAAGACCGGACCGGGGACCGACAACGGCGAGGAAGGAGAGAUGGAGGAGGAGAUGGAGAACCCCGAGAUGGUGGACCUGCCCGAGAAGCUGAAGCACCAGCUGCGGCAUCGGGAGCUGUUCCUGUCCCGGCAGCUGGAGUCGCUGCCUGCCACUCACAUCAGAGGCAAGUGCAGUGUCACCCUGCUCAACGAGACGGAGUCCCUCAAGUCCUACCUGGAGCGGGAGGAUUUCUUCUUCUAUUCUCUAGUCUACGACCCCCAGCAGAAGACCCUGCUGGCUGAUAAGGGAGAGAUCCGCGUGGGAAACCGGUACCAGGCGGACAUCACUGACCUGCUGAAGGAAGGUGAGGAGGACGGCCGGGACCAGUCCAGGCUGGAGACCAAGGUGUGGGAGGCGCACAACCCGCUCAUAGACAAGCAGAUCGACCAGUUCCUGGUGGUGGCCCGCUCCGUGGGCACCUUUGCGCGAGCCCUGGACUGUAGCAGCUCCGUCCGGCAGCCCAGCCUGCACAUGAGCGCUGCAGCCGCCUCCCGGGACAUCACCUUGUUCCACGCCAUGGACACACUGCACAAGAGCGUGUACGACGUCGCCAAAGCCAUCUCGGCGCUGGUGCCGCAGGGCGGGCCCGUGCUCUGCAGGGACGAGAUGGAGGAGUGGUCGGCCUCCGAGGCCAGCCUUUUUGAGGAGGCCCUGGAGAAGUAUGGGAAAGACUUCACAGACAUUCAGCAGGACUUCCUCCCCUGGAAGUCCCUCACCAGCAUCAUUGAGUACUACUACAUGUGGAAGACCACCGACAGAUACGUGCAGCAGAAACGCUUGAAAGCAGCUGAAGCGGAGAGCAAGUUAAAGCAAGUGUAUAUUCCCAACUAUAACAAGCCAAAUCCGAACCAGAUCAGCGUCAAUAACGUCAAGGCAGGCGUGGUGAAUGGCGCGGGGGCGCCAGGCCAGAGCCCUGGGGCCGGCCGAGCCUGCGAGAGCUGUUACACCGCCCAGUCUUACCAGUGGUAUUCUUGGGGUCCCCCUAACAUGCAGUGUCGCCUCUGCGCAUCUUGCUGGACAUAUUGGAAGAAAUAUGGUGGCUUGAAAAUGCCAACCCGGUUAGAUGGAGAGAGGCCAGGACCAAACCGCAGUAACAUGAGCCCCCACGGCAUCCCAGCCCGGAGCAGCGGGAGUCCCAAGUUUGCAAUGAAGACGAGACAGGCCUUCUACCUGCACACCACCAAGCUCACGCGCAUCGCCCGGCGCCUGUGCCGAGAGAUCUUGCGCCCGUGGCACGCUGCCCGCCACCCCUACAUGCCUAUCAACAGUGCGGCCAUCAAGGCUGAGUGCACGGCCCGGCUGCCCGAAGCCUCCCAGAGCCCGCUGGUGCUGAAGCAGGCCGUGCGGAAGCCCCUGGAAGCUGUGCUCCGGUAUCUCGAGACCCAUCCCCGUCCCCCCAAGCCCGACCCCGUGAAGAGCGUGUCCGGCGUGCUCGGCGGCCUGACCCCUGCCAAGUCGGCCCCUGUCAUCAACAACGGCUCCCCCACCAUCCUGGGCAAGAGGAGCUAUGAACAGCACAACGGGGUGGACGGCAACAUGAAGAAGCGCCUCUUGAUGCCCAGUAGGGGCACUUACCUGGGUUUGGCGAACCACGGACAGACCAGGCACAUGGGACCAAGCCGAAACCUCCUGCUCAACGGGAAGUCCUACCCCACCAAAGUGCGCCUGAUCCGGGGGGGCUCCCUGCCCCCCGUCAAGCGGCGGAGGAUGAACUGGAUCGACGCCCCUGAUGAUGUGUUUUACAUGGCCACCGAGGAAACCAGGAAGAUCCGCAAGCUGCUAUCGUCCUCGGAGACCAAGCGCGCUGCCCGCAGGCCCUACAAGCCCAUCGCCCUGCGUCAGAGCCAGGCCCUGCCGCUGCGGCCGCCCCCACCGGCCCCCGUCAACGAUGAGCCCAUCGUCAUCGAGGACUAGGCGCCCCGCUGCCCCGCGAGGCCACCGCAACCACAGCCCGCCCCCUGCCCGCCGCCCGCCGCCGCCCGGUUUUGGUAGUACCCCCUCUCGCCCCCACUGCAGAGAAACUGCUCCUUCGGGACACCUCGGGAAGAAGUACCGUUUAGCUGCUUCCCAGAAUGCCGAGGACUCGUUUUUAGCUUUGUGUUUACUUUUUGGCCGGAGCGGAGCUGAGGAGCUGCCCUGCGCGCCUGCACCGCGCUGCGGGCCUCGCGGGCCGGCCGGAGGUUUUGUUGUGUUCUGUUGAAGGUGCCAUUUUAAAUUUUAUUUUUAUUACUUUUUUUGUAGAUGAACUUAAGCUCUGUAACUUACAUCUGGAAUGUUAGGAUCGGCACGGCCAGCGGCUGGCCGAGCUGCCUGGUGGGGUUGGCCCCUGGUCUUUUCAAGUAAUUUUCAUAUUAAAAAAAACAAAGGAAAAAAAACUCAUAAAAAGAAA